UUUCUUAUUUUUUGGCUUUACCCCCACACUUAGUCGGUUGACUAUUAUACCCGACUUCUAACGUUUCUAUUUUGUCCAUUCAGCACUCAUUUACUAUCCCACGGCUGUGGGAUAGAGUUUUGUUUCUCGAGUGCACGCAAGCAGUUGCUUGCUUUGUGAAUACAGUCUCCUGGACUUGUCUUCAGUUGAACUAGUUUUUGUUUCAUUUUUUUUGUUUUCUUUGUUCAUACAGUUGAUGCACCGUGCCUAGUUGGAGUUUUCUUUACCUGGUCUAUCCGGUUCCAGAGAGUCCAGCGACUUCAUCACCUUUUCACCUGAUAUAGGUCAUCUUGGUCAUUGCAGACACAAAGCUGACCGGUUAGGCUGAGCUUCUGCUUUCAGAACAAUGGCUUGCCACACUCCGAAACUUCUACGGGUGCUCCUCGGUGGUCUUCGCGUCAAGGCGUGUCCUAGGAAUUAUUCCACCGGGCGGAAAUUGUCUACUAACUGCGUCAGGAGCUUCUCAUCCUCUGCCAGACGCCAGGACAGCGCUUCCAGCUCGGGAUCCACAGAUGAGAAUUUAACGGUGAAUUUCAUAAAUCGCAAUGGAGAAGCUCUGACCGCAACGGCGAAGGAAGGGGAGAGUCUAUUAGAAGUCGUCAUCCGUCACCAUUUAGACAUUGAGGGGUUUGGUGCCUGCGAAGGGACUCUCGCCUGCUCUACUUGUCACUUGAUUUUCGACCAGAAGCAUUUUGACCAGUUGGGUUCCAUAUCAGAUGAGGAGAUGGACAUGCUGGAUUUAGCGUUUGGACUGACAGACAGGUCUCGUCUUGGCUGCCAGGUCUGUAUGACGAAGGCCAUUGGUGGGCUGACGGUUCGUGUCCCUGGAGACGUGGCUGAUGCGAGAGGCGAGGUGGUGGAGCAGCAGAGCAAGCAAUGAUCAGACUCAUCACCUGUCAUAGUGAAUGUCGCCGCGCCAUUUUAUUAUA